AUGUUUGCCCUUGGUAAAUUUAACUUUGUUGUGAAAAACCUAUUGGCUCUGAUCCCAACCGGAUCAGUAGUACCUUUCAUAAAUGGAAAUGGGAUCCGAAACCUCGGAUUAUUUAUUAAUAAACAAGCAGUAGCUCUUGUUCUGGGAGCACUUUUUGGCCGAGCACAUCAGUGCAUUGAAGACCAGAAGGCUCUCCAGAUUGGUCAAGAUGCUACUGCGCAGAAAAACGACGACGACCUUUACUACGCAACGGAAAUGAUCUCGCUUUUGAAAGAAGAUUGGAAGGAUGCAACGUCGGAGAACUUUCUCCUCCUAGAUGAACUCGAAGAUAUGAAUUUCAACGAGGCUGCUCUGAUGAGAACGAAUCAAGAUUUACUUGACGAGUUCAUGGAUGAAAAGCAUAACGCUGAAGAGGAAAAUAAACUCCUGAAGAAGAAAAUAGAUGAGUUGGAAGACGCAUUUUUCCAGAAGGCCAAGGAUGUUGAAAAUAUGAACGAACAACUAGCACGAAAGGAAAAAGAAUGUGAGAACCAUCGAGAAAAACUGGAAGAACUCCAGAACCAAGCUGUGGACAAUGACUUCUACUGUGGGUACCUUGAAGAGAAGGUCAAGGCCUAUGAGGCUGAAAGAAAGAGGCUGUUCCAGGCGACGGCACAACUCGAGGAAUUAGAGGAACGAAAACCACCAGUUACCGUGGUAUACAAUUCUAUGGCAAAUGAAAAGAAUAAGAAUGAUGCUCUGAUUGAAGAAAACAAGGUCAAAGGAAACAUUUUCUAUAAGCUAGGACGACUAGAAGAAGCAAGUGAAUGUUUCCUCAGAGUCUUGGAUAUGGACGACGAUCAAGUGGACUGCAGGCGAAGACUGGGAUUAUGUCUCUUGUUGCUUGGCAGACAUAGCCAAGCUAUGACGCAGCUUGAGAAAUUAGAUGAUCAAGAAGAUUCGGUUGCAGCCGCCAGAACCUUGCAAAGAAUGCAACGUCAUGGCUGCCCAUACUACAUCCUAGGUAUUGCAGAGGAUGCUAAUUUGAAGGAAAUAAAGUGGGCCUACAGGAAGCGGACACUCAAGUUUAACCCUGAUAACUGCCAAGGGUCUAAAGACGAGCGACAACGCAGAAUGGAUAUCAUGCACAAGGUCAACUAUGCUAAUGAUCUCCUAUGUGAUACUGAUGAAAGAAGAAAAUACAAGGCAGUCAGGGAAUUCAUCAAGGACCUGGCAGAUAGUGUGUUUGAAGAUCCUCAGAAGACAAUGAAAGCAAAGAAGAAGAAACCUGGAAGGACAACGAAGAGGAAGAAAACUAAAGGAAACUAG